AUGGCCUCGAAGGAGGAACAUGCACAUUUGUUGCCUGCUCCACCAUAUAUAAUGGCUUGCAUUUGUGUUCUAAUAGUCGGCUUCUCAUCAUCGCGGAAGAAUGAGCAUGGCUAUCAUCUUGCUGUUUCAUUGGCUAUCUCGACAAUUGGUUUUUUACUCAUGGCAUAUUGGGGAGAACAAUACAAAGAAGCCAUGUUUAUAAGUAUAAUUAUAGCUUGUUGUGGAACAUUCGCAGCUUUUCCCAUUCUGUUAUCUUGGCUUACAAUCAAUGUCGGCGGUCAUACGAAAAGGGCUUUGGCUGUGGGUUUUAUGACAGGUUUUGGUAAACUAGGUGGAAUAUUAGCACCGGUGGUGACUUUAUUUAUUACAUUUUUUCAUGCUAUAAAUAGUAGUAGAAAAGUUCGUUCGACUUCUCGAGAUCCACAUCCUGUUCCACCUCAACCUAGUCAAUAUACAACAUCAAUUAUAUUAAAUGGACAACCUGCAAUGUAUUAUGCAGAUACAACUGUUUAUAGGGAUAGAGUAGACGAAUUUAACGGGAAUCAGAUCGCAAUCAUAGAUUUUAAAAAUUAUCGACAAUAUGUAAUAUUAAAAGAAAGGUGUUCAUGGGCUCAAAUUCCAGGAAAAAUAACACCUUUGUUAGCAUUUUCAACUUACGAUUAUAAUGGAAAUCUAACAUACAAUCAUACAUUAUGCAAUAAUUGGAGUGGCUGUCAUAAUUAUGAAAUUCCUCCAGCACCAUUUGAUUAUUAUGCAACAGUCAAAGGAAAUAUACCAGUCGAUUUAAAUUUACCAACUAUUGGUGUUAAUAUUCAUUUUUCUAACUUUACAUUUGGUCCUCCUCCACCAGGCACAUUUGAUAUUCCAAAUAAUUGCACUCUAACGGAAUUUAAUCAACUAUUUCAUCCUAUCUUUUCACAUUUCAUACUUGAAACUAGUGAUGUAGAAAUAGUGUGUUGA